CGAGUGCAUUUUCAAAGAUACAAUUGAAAUCAAUGCGAUACCAUGAACGUAGCCGCGUCGGUGGUUUUUUCUUGAGUCAGUAGUGCCUGCCAAAGCGGGGGUGUAUCAUAUGGUUCUUGCGGGAGAGAAGUUACACUAGAUCCGCUCAAACUUCUCACGCAGACGAUAUGGAGCAAUUGUAUAUCAGUCGAUGCCGUUUGUGCAUUUUAAAACGCCCCACUUUUUCUCCACGCCUAUCUCUUCCUUGACCGAGAAUCAUGGUGUCCCCUUCGUCUUCUGACGCGGACUGGAAACAUGACGAGAAAAACGAUCAUGUCGUAGAGGUGUCGGCGAAGGAAGUCGAUACCGCGGCUCAAAUCCUAGCAGGGGCGUCCGAGGUUUUAGAUCCGAGGGAGGCAGAAAGGAUUAAGAAGAAGAUCGACCGACAUAUUCUUCCUUUGAUGUGCACUCUAUACUGGAUUCAAUUCAUGGAUAAGACAACGCUGGGAAGCUCUGCGAUUUUGGGUAUCAGAGAAUCGACGCAUCUUUCCACCAAUCAGUACAAUUGGCUUGGGACUAUAUUCUAUCUCAGCUAUCUCGUAUUCGAGUUUCCCCAGAAUCUCUGUCUCCAGCGCUUUCCUGUGGGAAGAUGGAUGAGCAUUAACAUCUUCAUAUGGGCCGUUGCCUUAUGCUGUCAUGCAGCCUGCAAGAAUUUCGCCGGUCUAUUUGCUGUGAGACUAAUUCUGGGCAUGUGUGAAGGGUCAAUCACUGCAGGAUUCAUGAUUGUCAGCUCCAUGUUCUACACGAGAAAAGAGCAAACGCUGAGAGUUGGUUAUUGGUUUUUGAUGAACGGAACCGGUAAGUCAAAAAGUUACCAGGCUAUUAUACGAGCGGAGGAUGAUCAAUUACCCCGGAUGACAGCUCAAAUUAUUUCGGGGUUCAUCAGCUUCGGUACCUUGCACAUUAAGACGGGAACAUUUGAACCUUGGCAAUGGCUCAUGAUAAUCACGGGUUUAAUCACUCUUAUUACGGCGAUUGCCUUCUGGUUCUUAUUCCCAAACUCGCCAACCAACGCGUGGUUCCUUACACCUGCCGAAAGGACAACUGCCAUCCAGAGAAUUAAGGAAAACCAAACUGGCGUUGAGAAUAAACACUUCAAAAAGGAACAGAUGAUAGAGGCAUUGACGGACCCGAAGACCUGGCUUUUUGCACUCUUUUCCGCUUUGGACAAUAUCCCCAACUCUCUGACGAAUCAGCGCACGAUAAUAGUAUCCUCUUUUGGAUUCAGUAAUCUGCAAACCACGCUCCUUAGUUGCGUGGAUGGCAUUGUUGAAAUUGUGACCAUCUGGACCGGAGUGACUAUUGCCUCACGUAUUCCGAAUAGCCGCGCAUAUGUUGGCGCGAUAUACAUGAUUCCCAACAUACUGGGUGUCUUUUUGGUCAAUUUCCUGCCUUGGAACGACAAAAUAGGGCUCCUUUUCUCAGUUUGGGUGACAGGUGUUGGAACCACCGGAUUUGUCUUAUCGCUAUCCUGGGUUUCUGCCGUAGUUUCCGGACAUACCAAAAAGGUUACGGUAAACGCAAUAAUGCUCUCAGCAUACUGCAUUGGAAAUUCUGCUGGACCCUUCAUGUGGCAAGCCAAGUAUAAGCCUCGCAAUCACAUUCCCUGGAUCAUCAUUGGGAUCUGCUACGUAUGCUGCAUGAGUCUGUUGCUAACGAUCCGAUUCCUCUUGUCCCGAGAAAAUCAGCGGCGGAACACUGAAUCCAGAGAUGGUGCUUACGAUGAUGUAUACAUUGAACGCCUCACGUCGGAUGGUAAGAAGGAAAUGAUCAAAGUGGACAAGGAAUUUCUGGAUCUAACAGAUGUCCAAAACCGUGAUUUCAGAUACGUACUUUGAAGCGUUACUUACACACAUGCACAAAUGGUGAACGAGAAAUACAAUUGUAGAACUAAAACAUUACAUCUCCUGCGCAAAAUAAAGUCGUAUAGUAUAAUAGAAACACCGCCAGCACUCAUCGACCUGAUAACCCGUUAUAGCAACCGUUAU